CAGUGAGAUACUGUUUAUAUCAGCAGAAUACAUUAGCUGGUCUACAGCAGCUGAAGAACCUAUGUUUGCUCCAAGCCAGGUCUUGUAACUAGGCAGCGCACAGUCCCUCACAAGUUAAUCUAACACACAAGAAUCCGUCAAGACACUGGAAACCAACCCAGACAUAAACAAGGGAUAUAAAGUAGGUAAAUAGCUAGCCGAUCUAUGCCGCCCCGGCGCCCAUCUCUAUGUGCUUCCCCUUGACGCUCCUCCACUCCGUGCCAAGCGCCCCGAUGAGCGACAGCGAGCUCAUCGCAAUCGAAACGCGGAACGUCGUCAUAAUCGCGCCGUUGUACUGCACGAGCACCGCGCCGAGCGACUCCGCGGGGACCACGCCCUUGAGGUUCGUCGCGCCCGCGGCGAGGACGCUCGCGGGGUCGAUCGCGGGGACGUUGCGCGCGAUGUUCUUGAUGAGCGUGUUCGUGAAGAUGUUCUGCCCGACGGACACGAACAGCGCGCCGCCGAUCGUCUGCAGGAACAGGAUGAUGCUCGUCCCGAUCGGCACGUCCUUCAGAUCGAGCACCGUCUGCGCGGCGAUCAGCGGCUGCUGCGCGCCGAAGCCCUGCCCGAAGCCGAACAGGACCUGGUACCCGAUCCACUCCGCGUGCCCGGUCGUGGUCGUGAACGUCGAGAUCAGGCCGGCGGCGAUGGCGGUCACGACCGACGCCGCGAGCAUGAAUGGCGUGUAGUACCCGAUCUUGGACACGAGCCCACCGACGACGAUCGAUGCGAGAAUCAGGGAAAGCACGAGCGGGAUGUUGUCUAUGCCGGAUUUAACAGGGGAAACACCCUUGAUGGCUUGGAACCAGAUGCUGAGGAGUUGAAAAAUCACAUGACGCGCCGAAAACGAAUGCGAGACAACUUACGGGAGGUAAAACUGUAUGAUGAAGAACGACGAAUUGAGCGAGAACGCGAAGAACGAGCUGAACCCGAUACUGCGCAUUUUGAUGAUCCGCGGCGGGACCGUCGCCAUCUCCUGCUUCCGGAUUUGGAUGAAGAUAAACGUGAUGAUCAGCAGCCCAAACAGGACAAACAGCGCGAUGAUGCGUCCGUUGCCCCACGGAUACUUCGACCCUCCCCACUGCAGCGCGAGCAGCAGACACACGAUCGCAGGCAUGAACAGCAGCGUCCCGAACGGAUCAAAGUGGUUGAUCUUCUGCAGCAGCGACAGCUGGGCGUGGGCGGGUUCGGGUUUUCGGGGGAUGUGCAGGAAGACGAGGAGGAAGAGCAAGCAGACGCCGCCGAUGGGCAAGUUAAUCUGGAUACACAGGCUGUCAGGACACGACAGACCGGGACGGUGGCACGCAUAUCCUCACGUAGAAGCACCUGCGGGUGUGACGUGAUAAGCUCGCCCGUGAAGAGAAAGAACGGACGACGUCGCAGGGCCGGCCACGCACCAUCGCCAAGAAACCUUGUCCGUAAACACGCCGCCCAUGAGGGGCCCCGCAACGCUCGCAAUCCCGUACAUGCCCCCAAUCAGCCCCGAAUACAUCGGCCGUUUCUCGAGCGGCACGGAGUGCGCUGCGUGAUGCAUCACCGCGAACGUGAGCAGACGGACGGCGUUUCACCCGCGAUCGCACGGCCGAUGAUCAACGCCGUCGAGUUGGGCGCCCCGCCGCAGAUCGCGCUCCCGACCUCGAACACGACGAUCGCGGCGACGAAGACCUGGCCCUAGACGUGAGCGCGCGGCAAAGAGGAGCACAGAGCAGGCGCGCGCGCACCCAUUUGAUGGGAAGGAACGUGUAGAACUUGCCAAACAGCAGCUGCGUCGCGGCCGUCGUCAAGAGAUAUCUACCGAGCGCGUGGAAGUCAGCUAUCCAUCAGCGCACGUCACGUCGCGAUCCCCAGGCAGGGCGGCCGCGGACGCCGUGUGUGAGCUGAGCACUCACGCGGAACCGUACUGCGCGCGACGAGCAUAAGCACGGGGAGGACUCGAGAAAGCGGAGACCACACACCCAACCGACAUCGGCCAAUGAAUUGAAGUCGUCCGUGAUCUUGGGAAUGGCCGUCGCGAUGAUAGUGUUGUCCUGCGGCAGAGUGAGAUGCAGGGCGCGGGCGCGGGCGCGGAUCGGGCGGACGCACCAGGGCGACGAGGAAGAUCGCUAGACACAGCGCGAGCGUGAUGAGCGCGAGCUUCAGGCCCUCGGGAUGCUCUGCCGCCGCCGCGAUCUCGUUCUCCGGACUCGAGGGCUCGUCAAGCUCGUGUUUCGGCAUCGGAGGCUCGGCCGCGAGGUGCGGCUUCUCUGCUUCCACCAGCGUCGCGCCGUCGUUGCUGCCGGGCAUGGGUAUACUCAGGGCAAGAAGG